CAUUUGACAAAAAGUAAGACUAGUGUUGAGCUUGCAGUAGUAUAUUGCAAUUAUAAUAGAACUUUUAUUGACAUACAUUUUCGGUUGGGUACAAUUUUAACAACAAAUUGGUUGAUAGUGUUACAUAUAUUGAAAUUAUAACCAAACCACCGAGAAAUUCAGUCAUUUUAUCGCUUAAAUAAAUUGGCAACGGCUGAUUCUUUUAAUCUUUAUCUUCAUUUUGUUGGCGUCAUUACCAUCAGAAAAACAUCUCAGAAUAUAUAACUCAUCGUCGUCAUACAAAUCUACUUCUGCACUUUUUGCAAAACGAAAUUGAAAAUUGUCUGUUUAAUUAUAAUUUCCUGUAUUAAAAUUCACAAAUUAAUGAAAAACGGUUGCAGCAAAAUCUACUAGAAUACGUACUUCAGCAAAAUUUAGAUACAACUGAAAAUUUAUUACAGUUUUUCUUCUAAAUCUGCAGUCCUAGUUAAUUUACAACCGCAAUAUUAUUGAAAAAUGAUGGUUUGCAAUACGCGCACAUUUUUUUUAUAAAAAAAUAGACACGCUUAGACGUAAUAAAAAACAGAUCAUAAAUGCUAACAAAAGCGGUUGCAGCCUUAUUGUUGUAAUUACGUUUGAAAAUUGAGUUUCAUUUCUUGUUUGGCUAUACAGAUUCAUUUUCAUGACCUACCGAUCAUCUGUCCUGAACAAAACAAUGAAUAACAACGUAUAAAAAAUAUAUAGUAAUUUCGUCUUUAUAAAACGUUGCGUUUCCGUACACAAAAAAUAAGCAUACUGUUUUAUCGUUUUCUUGGUGGGUUGUUUUACAAGUUCUUUUGUAGUUGAUUGAUUUUUUGUUGGUGCUCUAUAUGCUUUUAACCACGCUUUUACAGAGCUUUGAAUCGUCUUUCAAGUUUAUCUUUCUAUUGAUUGUUAUUUUGCAAAGAAUUGGUCACCUUACUUGCUAAAGACGAUUUACAAUUUACACGACAAAUUGAUGAACUAAAAAUCGGCGGUAAAGCAGCGCAUAUAUUAGCAGUAAUUCUACGUAAAACAAAUAUUUAUCUAUAUACCAAAGCCAAACAACGUCACAGUUUUCAGUUUCACUUGACCCGUUGUACGUCACGUAAUUCUGACAAAAUAACGGAAGAAACAUCAGUAAAAACAGCUAUAAUAUUGGUAAAUUGACGCUAAUCUUCAUUAAAAACGCUUAUCAAGUUUCUUUUAUUGAAGAUUCUCAUUUUCAUUUCAUUUUACCCAAAAUAUUACUGAAAUUUGCUUUAUACCAUUUUUCGAAGUAAAAAUACUACUACGUUGAAAGUUACACUCAAUUUCUUAUUUAUGAAACAAAUCGCUUAAUUUCUUUGAAAACUUUGUUCCCAAUUUAUUUGACUUGAACUAAACAGCGUUCUAAAAAUUUGAAAAAGUCUGAUUUAUGAAAUAUUGCUUAAUUUCUUUUUUGAAAAAUCAUAAGUUAUUUGAUUUGAAAUCAAACGCACGCCUUCUAAACAUUUGAACUCAAUUGUUCGAAACAUUUGAACUCAAACGUCCUAAACAUUUGAACUCAAUUGUUCUAAACAUUUGAACUUUAAAAAGUCUCCAAAAUGUCGGCGUCUGCAGCUGAAAUUCUGGAACCACCUCUAGGUGAAAUCACAAACCACAAUUUAGCCACAGAAUUGACAUGGGAUUAUUAUGAAAAUAUUCUUAAAGUGUGUGUCCCAUUUACCCUUUUGUACUUGUUUAUUGUCCCUGCUCUCAGCUUAAGGUUAUUCCCAGUUUUGAAAUUACACUCGCAAGAAAGAAGAUGUUCAUUUGUGUCUGACUUUGUGUCUAUGAUUCCCUCUAUACUAUCCAGCUUCAUCACUGUCCGGUCUUUUAUUUAUUUUGUUCCAGUCAAUGACAGAGACCAAAUGUUCGAAGGCUAUAAAUGGGUAACAAUAUACAUGCAGGCCUACUUACUGCUAGACACGUUCUACAGACUGCUCUACAUAGAGAGCAACAGGGCCAUGAUGGUCAUACACCACAUAGUGGGUCUGGUCAUCACCCAGUUUGCCAUGCACGACAGAGGCUGGCUGAUGGAGAAGCUCGUCUUCUGUCUCAUGGAAGUGGCCAACCCUUUUAUCAACCUCCGCUUUCUCAUGCUUGGAGUCGAUGUUCCCAAGACUUCAAACACUUACCUUAGCGCCUCUUUAAUCAUGAUCAUCAGUUUCUUUCUAUUCCGGAUCCUUCCCAUUCCCUACAUAUACAGAGGCGGCAUCUACAAACUAAUUCUUUAUCCCCAAUACGGAUCCUGGGCUCAUUUUUGGAUGUUCACGCUGUAUGUGCUGCUUAGCUUAAUGAACAUUUACUGGUUCUACGUUAUGUUGUUGGGUCUUCAUAAAACCUUCAUCAGAAAAAGCAAACCGGAAGAAGGAACUCAUCGUGAUUAAAAAAACUCGGACGAGCCCGAAGUCCCAAGUUCGAAUCCCGAAGAUGGCGAUUUGGAUAAAAAAUGAAAUUGGAUAGAAAACAUUAUGGAAAUAUAUUUUUGUUGAGCUGUGAAUUGUUUUUAAUCAACUUUGAAAAAAAUUAACUAAAAAAAUCAAAACUAAAUAUUCGUAACUUUGUGUCUUUUAUACAAUAACGCUCCUAAAUAUUCUAUGAAAUCCAAA